GCGGGGGGGGCAGGCUGCAUUGCCUCGGCCCGGCUGCGUCCCCCCACCUCCAAAUCCCCCCCCCCCGUGCAAUGGUAUCGCCCAGCUCCGCUCGCCGGUGCCCCGAACAACGGGCAUUGCUCGUGAACGGGGCAAGGAUCAAUGCAGCAGCGCUGCCGCGGGGGUGGGGGGCUGAGCUGAGCACGUGAAUAAAUGCCAGCCCAUAAUUGAAUAGUAAGGAGGCCCCAUGCCCCCCGUGCCAGGCGCUGGACAUGGCACUAGCAAGAGCUCGCCCUGGUCCCCAGAGCCUAUAAGAGAGCCAGGGCUGGUUGGCAGCGGGGGGGACUGAGGCAUGGGGUCAGCACCGAGACCCAACCCAGGCCUCCGCAGUCGGGGGUUGGUGCCCCCCCGCACCGCGGUCCGGCACCCCCUGCCCUCCUGGCCUGCAAUGCAGUGGUGACCCCGCGCAGUGCCCUCGGAGAGGCGGCUCCUGCCCCCAAGCCACCCCCAUGCCCUCUCCCGGGGUGCCCCAUGCUCCUCACCAGGCGGCAGCGAGGAUCCUCCUGUUCUGCGGGGGGAAACUGAGGCACCAAAUGAUGCACGUGAAGUCAUAGAGGGGGUCUGCGGUACCAGGGCAUUCACCCCCUCCCCCGGGACCCGCGCGUCGUCCCUCUGCUGCUGCCGGGGGUCUUGGUAGAGCAUGAGAGCUGCCAUGGACGGGGUCAGACCCCAGGUCCGUCCUGCCCACGUCACCCGGCGGCAGUGACGGGGUCUGAGCAGGGUUUCCCCCCGUUCCUCUCCCCCUCGCAGCCAUCGAGGGUCCAGGACGUGGUGGCCCCAAGGCCGUGCCCCGCACUCCCGCGCCCCUUCCCCCCAGCACGGGCCCAGCCCCGGGGUGGAUCUGCAUGAACUCCCUGUGCCGCUCGCACCUGGUGCCCGCGAGCUCCCCACUUUCACCCCACGCGGGGGGAAACGACCGUCCUGGUGUGGUUUCACUGCCCACCUGCUCGUUUCAUGCCGGGACCCCUCGUCUUUGUCUGGCGAGAGAUGGCCAGGAAUCGGUCCCUGUGACCGUCUCUGCCACUUUGUAUGCUAUAAACCCUUGUCCUGUCCCCCGUUCAGCACCUCUCUCCUAAUCCCCCGGGCCCAGGCCUCGUUAGUCUCCCCCAUAGCACCGACCCCCCGCGCUGCACCUUCCCCAGCUCUUCCCCAUCCCUUUGGAGGUGCGAGGACCUCAGUGCUGCUGCCCCGGUCGGGCAAUUGGGUUUCAAGUUUGGAUGGGGCAGAAAUCAAAGUGGGGUAACUGCCCAGGUGCCCCCGGCCUGGUGCCCGCAGUACCCGGCUAGCACAGGACAACCCAGUUUCCCCUAAUCCCGGUUUCCAGCUGCUCCGUUCCCCCCGGACCCGUCUCCCUUCUCCAGCCUUUGUGGCUGGGAAGACGAAGGCCCCUCCCUGCCCCUGGAGUGGCGUCUGCUGACCGUCUGCUGACCGUCAUCCCUGAUAAGGUGCCGGCCCCAGAUGAAAGCCCAGACGCUGCCCUCGCCCCUGGGCAGACCCAACCUGAAGGCGCCUCCGAUCCAGGUGCCUCUCGGGGCCUCCCCAUGGAGGCUCCCGGCAUGGAAGACUUCGGCCAGUUCGUGCCCGCCGGCCCCCAGCCCUGCCUGGGACCCCCCGGCUUCCCCGUCCCCCACUGCCUCUCGCCAGGCUCCAUGCAGGGCUACCGGAGCGGGGGUUUUGCCAGCCCUGGGGAUUUGCCCGGCUACCACCAGGACGGCUACCACGGCCCAGACUGGUACAGGACGGUCCAGGAGGGGCCCUACCCGGCAAUCUCCCGCUACGUGGGCCCCGCGGGCUUCGGGGCCCCCGGCCCAGGCUGCCUGAGCUACCUGGGCGAGAUGGCGAAGCCGCCGGGGCUCGUGCUGGCGCCCGGGGGCCGGAGGAAGCGCCGGGUGCUGUUCUCCCAGGCGCAGGUCUGCGAGCUGGAGAAACGCUUCGAGCGGCAGAAGUACCUGACGGCGGUGGAGCGGGAGCGCCUGGCCCAGCUCACUUGCCUCACGCCCACGCAGGUGAAGAUCUGGUUCCAGAACCACCGCUACAAGGCCAAGCGCCAGGCCAAGCGGCGGGACGUGGGCGAUGGGCCCCCUGCCGAGCCCCCACCGGAGCCCAGACCCGCGCUCAAGCCCUGCUGCCUGCUUUCCGGGCUGGCACCUGGCAGCCAAAACAGCCCUGGGGGGAAGACGUGGUAGCCAAAAAAGCUCCAGCGCCCGGAGUCCUGUGAUUCCUGGAGGGUCUCAUCCAGGCAAGCUCCAGCUCCCAGAGUCACGUGAUUCUGGUUAUGUCCACCCCUGUUUUGCACGGUCACCCUCGCCUGGGUCCAGCUUGCUUGGUACCAGUGCCCACUGAGCCCAGCAAGGAGCUCACCAAGGACCUGAGGAAUCGCAGGGAGCCUCUGAUGUGUGCCCCUGGGGCCCCCAAACUCCUGCACCCCGCUCCAAUUGGCUCAAGGGGCAGCUCUUUUCAGCACCGGAGGCCUCAAGUGCUCCACGACCGAGAACACGGACCCAGAGACAGGCACGGAGCACGCAGGAGAGACUCGACAGAGGAGCAGGGACCGGACAGAGGCCGAACGCACCCAUUUCUCACCUUUCUGCCCCCAAAACAAUCUCCUUCCUUCUGUGGGGAGGGAAAAGCCGACAAUUCCCCAUGCCAAGAAAAACCACGCAGUGAUUCAAAAGCCACAGGCAGCAGCCUUAAAAAAAACAAAAAGCCACAAACAGACUUAGAGAGAAAAAUGUAACCUUUAAUUUACCGAGCGAGAGAGAGAAGAAAAAGGACUGAUUUUUGGCCUCAAAACAGACACUUUUUGCCAGGCGAUCGGGGCCAUGGAAGAGUCACCACGAAGCGCCCACGGGGGAAGGCUGCGAGGUGCUGACGACUUCCUGAGCAGGGACGGCGCCGGCUGCUUGUGGCUCUGUGCUUUUCUCCAAAAGAUAAUUAAAACCCCCAAAACCAUU